CAUCGUAAGCGUUGGUGUCAUCUCCAAUUGAAUAAUAUAAUUUGACUUGCUUAAUAUUGUUUUACUAACAUUGCCCGGGACUAAGAGCGAUAUGUCGAACAAAAUUCAAGUCUCGCUUCCGGAGGAGGAACUGGAUUGGAUACAAUUGCGGCAGGACCUGGGCCCCGUUGCCGAGGUGGAAACGACCAAGGAGAAGCUGCAGCGCAAGAUCAAGGAGAAUCCGCUGGUUCCCUUGGGAUGUUUGGCCACUACAGCGGCGCUCACAGCUGGCUUAUACAACUUUCGCACUGGCAAUCGCAAGAUGUCGCAGCUGAUGAUGCGAAGUCGUAUCGCGGCUCAGGGAUUUACCGUUAUGGCCCUAGUUGUUGGCGUCGUCAUGACCUACACUGAUAAAAAAUAAAUACAACGAUAUUAUAAACCCAAAUAUAUAGGCUGAAUUUGCAUUCAGUUGGAUUCUGUUCUUUUUUUUUGAGUCCCAUGUUACAAAAAGCCUAUAAUGACGGCUGCAAAUUUGUAUAAAUGUUUAAAUAUACGCUAACCAUUACUUAGAUGGCAUCUAAAAGAUGCCUAUAGAUAAUA